AUGAUAAUCAUCGCGAUAUUCUUGCUGUCGCUGAUGCUGAUGCCUCACAUAUCAGUAGCAUUGCCAUCUGGAGAAAUUGAUGCUUGGCUUCUAAAUCAAUUUGAGGACUCUAGAGACGAAGCAGCAUCAACAGAAAAGAUAAAAAUUCCAGUUGAACAGGAAUUAAGUGACAUCUUUGAUACCGGAUAUUAUUCUCUUUGUGCUUUUAUUGGCGUUUUGUUUGCAGUGCUCGUAAUCGUUAUUUUAAAGAUAAUUAUUGAAAUUUCAAUUCGGUUUAAAUCAAGAAAACUUAAAAAUUCAUCAAACCUCAAUUACAGGAAUCUUAAGAAUCAAAUGGUGAGACCACUCGUUGAUGAAAAUGAAUAUUCGGAGUUGCCAAAAGGAAACGCAUAG